AUGGCCUUGUUGACGGAAGUUAGCACGGAAGAGGAGGAGUUUAACCAUGGUGCGAGUGAAAUCGAGGUAAAAAUGUAUUUACUGUGCGAGGUCAACGUGACAGACAGAAGCGACCUGUUGCUGCUGGAUGACCGAGCCGUGUUGCUGGCCGUGAGGGCGGCGGUGGAGCGGAUGCACGGAGACUACGGAGCAGCUCUGUGUAGCAUCAGAUUCUCUGUGAAAUAUCUAAAUGCACACACUGGAAUAGUGUUUCUACGUUUCCCCAAAAAGUGUUACAAACUCCUCUGGUCUGCAUUACCCUUCAUUACCCACCUUGAAAGUCGUGGGAAAAGAAUUCCAUGUUUUCUGAACUGUUUGCAUGUCGGAGGAACAAUUCGGACAUGUCAGAAGUUUCUGAUCCGCUACAACGCCAAACAGCUCCAACGAAUGCUCCCAGAGUGCAAAAAUGAAGAAGAAAAACAGCAAAUUCGCCGGGCAAUUCUGAGCUGCUCCCUAAUACGUUCAAACAAGGAACAAUUUGCAGAUGAAUCAAAGAGUGAAGAUGAAGAUGAAGAAGAGUGA